AUGAGGCCCGUAGAUUCAGAAGAAAUUAGCGAUUUGCUGAAGUGGCAGCCGCUCAUGCUUUUCGACAGGACACUCUUCGGACCCGCCUAUGUCGAAGGUGUCGUUUCCCGCUCGCCAGAACUCAUCGCCUCCCAACGAGGCAAAAGACUGCCACUUGAGCUCUGGAACAUGAUUAUCGACUUCGCCAACCGUUGUCCCGAGGAUCACUGGUAUUCUCUCAUACGACCCAAGUUGUUACAGACAAGCGUGCGAGGCGACGAACUUGUCUGCAGCAAGUAUCAACGCUGGUCCCUCUUCGGUAACAUCCAGCAAUUCAACGAAAUCGAACUCUAUCGAUUUUAUUUGUCUCAUCCCGACCAAUUGUCCCAUCCCGGCAUGGAUUCAUCCUGCCCUAACCCCUUCGGGGAUCCACUGACCCGCGAGUUCGGUUCACCCUGCGCGUUUCCCACGGCCUUGCUCGCAUCAAAGACCACGUUUCUCCAUGUGGAGCUCACGGUUCCAGAUAUCAUCAAGCAUCUGGAGGACGGUGAUUGUGCCUUCUGUUCUGGAAGGCACGUGACCGGAUACGGUGACAACUCCCCCUUCGAAACCCGGUUCGCAAGAGUCUCGCAGUGGCUUGGCGGGCGAGUACCAUUUGUGACUGGACCCGUCAUAUGCCCGCUCUGCGUCGGGAUGGAUCAUGCCUGGGACAGCAUCAACAUACAAACCCAAAGAAUGAAGCCAAUGUCUGUGGGGGAAUCUCGAUCAUGGGUGGAUAAACGACUAGAAAGUUUGGGUUUUCGAAAGAUUACGGUGGUGAAAUUUCCCAAAUAG